UGCCGCCUGUCAGCUCCGCUCACGUUUUGUCACCGCUUCUCGCCUCUUCUCGCCUCUUCUCAGCCCCCACCUCUCACCUGCCAUCCCUUUUCACCUCUUCCCGCUUGCCAUCCCUUGUCCCCGGUCACUCGCCGCAGCUCGAAGCUCGCUCGCUCGCUCCCUGCCCGGGCCAUGUCGCUGCUCGGCGGCCGCGGGCUGCCCGGGCUGGCGGCCAUCUCCUUGCUGUGCCCCCCGGGCACGGCCCCGCUCACGCCGCUGUCGCUGGACAGGGCUGACCCGGCGGGCCCGGACAGGCAGCGGGACACCCCGAGGAGGGGGCACGGAGGGCUGCCCUUCCCGCGGCUCUGGCUGUCCCCGGAGCCGGUGGCCUCGGACUGUCCCCGGGACUGGCUCCUCUCCCAGCCCACGGAUGCAGGACUGGGGCCGGCCUCCCGCACACAGCAGAGCCCCGCAGCCGUGGAGGAAGACUUCCAGAAAACGAUCUCGGAGUCCGGGAGAGUUCUCAAAGACAGGAAGCUCCUUCGCCAGAGGAUCCACUCCUUGCCGCAGUGGCAGCUGGAAGGCAGCCCGGUCCUGAAGGACAUCACCCAGCUCCAGGAGCGUAGGGACAGAGGGCGGCGGCACCAGAAGGAGCCCGAGGAUGAGUCCCCGCAGCUGCUGCCCUGGCAGAGUGAUGCCACCGUGCCCCAGGGGAUGCAGAAGCUUGUGACUACACCAGGGAUGAGGAAAGGGAAAGGAAAGGUGCGUCUGGGGAAGCACAGCCUGUGCCAGCAGCUCUUCUGCUCGCCCUUGGUGCCCUGCAGUGCCCCUAGAUCCAUCAUGAAGAGGAGACAGUCCUUGGACAGGGACACUCUUGUCAAGGCCAAGCAGCAGAAGAGGGUGUCUGGCAGCCUGAAGCAGGUGGCAUUGGUGGAGCUGGGAGUGUGCCUGGAGCCUUCCAGGUCUGCCCGGCUUGAGGAGAUUGAGAACCUGCUGGCUAAGGAUGACCAGGAGCUCAUUGGGGACUUCUCCAAGCCUUACCUCCUGCCGACGGUGGAGGGGAAGGACCCGGGCCUGAAGUACAUCUCUCCUGACACGCUGGUGGCGGUGCUGAUGGGGCAGUUCUGCAGCUCCAUCCAGAGCAGCAUCAUCGUGGAUUGCCGCUACCCCUACGAGUACGAGGGGGGCCACAUCAAGGGCGCUGUCAACCUGCCGCUGCAGCGGGAUGUGGAGGAAUUCCUGCUGGCGCAGCCCAUCGUGCCCCUGGAUGCCAGCAAGAGGGUGAUCAUCAUCCUCCACUGCGAAUUCUCUGUUGAGCGGGGGCCCAAAAUGUGCAAGUUCCUGCGGGAGAGGGAUCGGUCCUGCCACGAGUACCCCCAGCUGCACUACCCCGAGCUCUACGUCUUGAAGGGAGGGUACCGCGAGUUCUUCUUCCAGUUCCCGAGCCACUGCGAGCCCCAGAGCUAUCGGCCCAUGGAGCACCCGGCCUUCAAGGAGGAGCUGCGCAAGUUCCGCGGGCAGAUCCGGCGCGCUCGGCGGCCGCUCUUCAUCCGCCAGCGGCACCUCUGAGCACUCGGGGGUCCCGCAGCCCCGCUGGGGAACGCUGGAGGUGGGAUUGUAGGAAGGGUUCCCUGGGCCGGGGAUGCACCUCCUCUGCUUUCUUAGAAUAGAUUCGGGGUGGUAUUUAGUGUUAAGAUUGGGUUUGCGUUUGCUUAUUGUUAUGACUUCCUUUUUUCUGUUAUUGUAAAUAUUUCUGCUUGCUUAUCGUUAUAAUUAUUUUUCUUUGUUUAUUUUCAUAAAUUAUUUUGUGUUUAUUGCUAUGAAUAUUUUUUGUGUUUGUUGUUAGGAUCGCUUGUUCCAGUCUCUGUUAAUAAA